UAGCGAGUGUAAUAUUCCGAACGCUCGAGUGCACUAUUCUACGCGUGAAACCAUUUGUAAUUGAUUGAAAAUGUUAGAAAUGGAUAUUUUAGAUUCUUUGGAAGAUUUAGGGUACAAGAUAAAGAUAGACGAGAAUGCUCUAAAAGAAUAUGUCGAGAAAGGGCCAAAAUGUAUUGAAUACACUCAACUGGUAGAAUGGUUAUCCAAAGAAUUACAAUCAUUAUGUAAUUUGGAAGAUUCUGUAAAUUCUAUAUUAGAUCCAGAAGAUUCUAGUUCUUUUCUUUUAGAAGCAAGUUCUUUUUUAAAAGAAUUAAAUUGUCCAUAUAAAUCAUUAACGGAAGGUCCGGUAAAUCAGAGAUUAGAUAACGAACAACAAAGAUUAUUACUUCUAGAUUACUUAUGUACAGAAUUACAAGCUGCUAGAAUCAUUUCUGUUCAGAAGAAUGAGAAAAAAACAGGAAUGGAAAUUGAAAUUGAAAGCAACACUGCUUCCGAUCUGAAGACCAUUCUUGAUGUAUUUGAUGUAAAUUUGCCCAUAGAAAAUGUUAAUAAUCAAGAACUGUUUGACAGUUUAGAAAUUAAGGUAAAAGAGUGUUUAUCGAGAAUUAACAAGGACAGUCUCAGCAUUUCUCUAUUAAAUGACGAACUAACGAGGGAUCAAUGGUCGAAAUUGCAAGAUUUACAAGAAGAACUGCAUAAAGAGUUUUAUACAAGGCGCGAAAUGCUGUUAAAAAGAUUAGAUGUCACUGUCCAGUCCUGUAAAUGGGGCGAAAGAUUAAAGGGUAAAGAAGAUCAGAUCGAAAAAGUGUUUUUUCCUUUGAGAAAACCGUUAUGCAUCGAACCUUCCGUGCAUAUUUCCGACGUGUUAAUUGCAAGAGAAGAUUGUACCACAAUUCAGAAGACGAGUUCUACAGAAGUUACGAAGAAUGCAAAGAAUCAGGUUUACAAGCACAUGAUAGGUUUUGUACCAGACAGAGGAGGAAGACCCGAAGAACAGUAUGCUGCCAGAGAGAUGCCUAAUUGGAAGAAAAGAACCGAAGGCCCGGCAGGAGAUAGGGGAAGAGGCGGCAGAAGAGGCGCAUGGUCUGCCAAAGGAGGAAAGUUUGGAAAAAACAAGAGGCAUGCAUUUGAUGCCGCCGGAUCUUACGGAAAUUAAAUUAUAUAUUUUAUACACUUAAUGAAUUUGACUUCAUAUACUUGCUACAUACAAAUAUUAAGUAUGUACAGUACUUAACAUAUUAAAAUAUAAAGAAAACAUUUUAAUAUGUAAGUAUUUUUUAAAAUUAAUUUGUUAAGUAAACAUAUUUAAAUUAUUAGUUUUUUCAUUACAAAUUUCAUUUAAAUAAUCAUAAGUUGUCAGAGUGAUAAAUCUGUACAAUUAAAUGAUUAAUUUAAAAAAUAUCAGUCGGUAAACAUGUCUGUAAUUUUGUAAUGUAAAUUUAUAUUAAUUUAAUUCAUUGAUAAAUACUUCCAAAGAAAAUAAUAAACCCAAAAUAUAUGAUUUUAUAUUUGUUCGAUAACAGAAUUAUUCUAAUGAUCAGUAAAACAACAUAUCCAGACUAUCAAAACUGUCAUUUAUGCUGAUUCUAAAUAUAUUUAGAUGUAAAUGAGUUUUACAUUAAUUGUAAAUUGUUUUACAUCAAAAUUUAUGAAAAUGUAAUUCUUAAAAUUAUAUUUAAUUCAAAUUUUUAAAGCAAUUUUGAUAGCAAACACUGAAUUACUAGACAUAAUGCUUUUUUAUAGUUUUGAAAUUUGCUUCACCCAAAUUAUGUAAAUUUGACAUUCUACAUUAAGAAUCACAUUUCAGUAGUUAAACAAUGAUUAAAUAUACCCAAAAGUUACAAAACAUCUUCCUUAAUGUCUUAACCAUUUUUUAAAUGGAUUCUUCUAGUGUAAGAUAGUUGACAGGUGACAGAUUUGACUUGGCAAUUAUCUUGAUUUCAUACUGCUGUAUCACCAUUUUUAUUGUUUAUUUUGAAGUAUACCCAUGAAAUUUUUCAUCCAGAAUAAAUCUCAAGAAUUUGACAAAUGCAAAUAAUAUACUUUAUGAUUGUUCCUUGUCAACAAAGAUGAUAAAUUUCACAUAGACAGCUUUAGAGAAAUGUCCGACCGAUAGCAAUGCUCUGAUUUUAUGUCAAAUGAUUUUUGUGUCUUAAUUAUAUUUUUAUGUAAAUGUUUUUGAAAGGAAAGAACUUUAACUUAUAAAUUUUUGUCAUUCAAAAGGUCAUGUAAAGAUCUUUAAUAAAAAAAAUAAAAAUAAUUAUAAUUGUUUUUUUAUGGUUAUUAAUAAAUUUUAAAUCCUUAUAGUUUACAAACCUGGAUCCUAAACAAAUUAAAUAACAUCUUUUAACUCACAAAAGUUUUGAAUACUUGGCUUAUUUUCUGACUGAUUGUAUAACCUAGAUUUCCAUUAGAACUAAGGGAGGUCUAGGUUAGACAAUAACUCUUGUUUUUAUGACAUUGCUUCCUGAAAGCUUGCCAUUAAGCAUGUCAUGAGCUUUCAUAGUAACCAAGGACUUGUCAUGAAUUUUUUAAAUGAUUCAAAGUUUGGAUUUCUACAGGAAAAAUUAAAAAAAUUAGAACAGAGGGUUUGAGAAUGGAGAG